AUGGCUAUAUCUGACGAUGAGAUACUAAAUAGUAUUAAAAAGCCACCAGAAUGUAUUCCAGAGUUUAAACUUCCUUUGGGUGAGUUAAAAGCUUAUAAAAUCAUCAAGAAAAAGAACAAUUAUCAAGAAAUAAUAAAUUUAAAAUUCGAUGGUAAUUCAAGAUGUUACAAAGGAUUAUCCUGUCUACAUGUUGCAAUAGAUUCGAAUAGUUCUGAGAAUGUAAAAGCUGUACUCGAAAAAGGAGCCAACCCAAACACAAGAGAUGAUACCAUGUCAAUGUUGAUGCUAGCAAUGAAGAGUAAAAACAAAGAUAUCAUUACUCUAUUACUUAAAUAUGGCGCAGAUCCUUUAUUUCAAAACAUCGACAAUAAACGAGCCAUAGACUUCGGAAAUGAUGACUCCAGAAGUGCAUUUAUUGGCUUUCAAGGUUCAAGCAAGCCAAGCAAGGACUUAAUUACUUCCGCAAAGGACGACAAAACAAAUGACAUUUUAUACUGGAUUGCCAAGGGUAAAGAUUUCAAUAAACCAGACAAAAAUGGUAUGACACCAUUCCACUACGCAUGCUCCAACGGCAAUCUCUAUAUUGCAUGGACAUUAUACAAAAUUGGCGCCCAAAUGUACCAAGAGGAUAAAGAUGGACUGUCACCUUUAGCUUAUGCUAUCAAAAAUAACCGUUUGAACAUUGUCAAGUUUUGGCACAAAGCAUUGGACAUAAAAUUCCCAAUUAGGGAUGAUUCACCAUUGAUGUAUGCUGUCAGGAAGAACAGUGUUGAAAUAGUAAGGUAUCUAGCUCCGUUUUCCAAUCUCAAAUUCUGCAAAACAUACAAUGCAGAAACUCCACUUUUUGUUGGAGUAAGAGAAGAUCAUGUAGGCUGCGUUUCUAUAUUAUUAGAUGCAAAUCCAUCAAUGAUCAAUGAUACGGUUGCUGAUCACACAAUUAUGAUGUAUGCAGCCAAGUUUAAUAGUGUCAAAACGAUCAAGUUGCUUUUAACGAAAAAUGUUAAUCCAAAUAAUGCAUUCAAAGGAAGCAAUCCUAUCAGUGUUGCUGUUAAGGGCGGCAAUGCAGAUGCUGUCAAGGUGCUCAUUGAAGCAGGUGUUGAUCCAAAUUCAAGCAUCAAUAAUGGCGACAUUCCUUUAAUGAUUGCAAUUCAAGAAGGAUACUUCAAAAUUGUUGAAUAUCUUCUUGAAAAGGGAGCUAAUAUCAAGUACACGAACAAUCAAUCUGAAACCGCUUUUAUUUAUUCUGUCAAAUAUAAUAGAUCAUCUAUUCUUGAAACAUUAUUAAAAUAUGUUAAAGAUAAUGACAGCAUUCUUUUGAGAAGAAAAUGUCUACAUUUUGCAAUCGAAAAUAAUAAAAUUGAUUCAGUGGAAACAAUUAUGAAAAGCAUGAGUAAAGACAAUGACAAUAAAUACGAUUGUUUAAUAACUCAUGCAAAAUCAGAGGAAAUGAUCAGAUACUUACUUGGAGCGGAUAAAAAAGAUACUAAGAAGAAAGGAAAGAGCAUUUUUGGUGCCAUCGACGAAUGUUCAAUCCCUGGCAUUAAGUAUUGGUUAUUAGAUAAUCCUCAUUCUAUUGAAUCGAAAAAUGAAAACCAAUAUACUCCAAUCAUUUAUGCCUCAGCAAAAGGAUCUCCAGAUAUUGUGAGCUAUUUGAUAAGCAUUGGUGCAAACAGAUUCGCAUCAACUGAUGAUGGAACUGAUGCAAUGUCAAUGGCAAUCUCAGGAGAUUAUGUCGACAUUGUGAAAUUAUUAUUGGUUGCGAAUGUUGAUAUUACUUCUCCAAGAACAAAUGGAAAUGCACCCGUAUCUAUUGCAUGUGAAAAUGGAUCAAUUAAUUUCUUAAAACUCAUGAAAGAACAAAAACUUGACUUCAAUAAAGUUGCACAAGGCUCUGAAACACCGAUUGCAAUUUCAGUCAUCAAAGGUAAGACCGAUUGUGUCCGAUUCCUAGUCAAUGAGUGUGAUAUAAGUCCAAAUUCAGUCAGCAAAGAUCAGACUCCAAUUGUCAUGCUUGCCAUUCUUAAUAAUCAACUUGAAAUCUUUAAGUUUUUAGUUGAUAAAGGAGCUGAUAUUAACUGUCGCGAUCAAAAAGGAAACACUUUGCUUCAUCAAGCAGUUUGUUCAGGCAAUACAAAUGCAGUCAGCAUUUGCAUCGAAAAAGGAAUCAAUAUCAAUGAAAAAAGAACUUCAGAUCAAGUUACUCCAUAUUUAGUUGCAUGUUAUAAAGGUGAUGAAGCAAUGAUGAAUUUCCUUGAAGGAAAAGGUGCAAAUACUGAUUAUAAGACAGAUGAUAACAUUAAUGCAUUAAUUGCUGCUGCGGAAAGUGGCAAUCUUCAGUUGGUCACUAAUCUUCUGAAUAGAGGAUUUGAUCCUGAUGUAAAGACUUCACUAGGGAUGACUCCUCUUCUCGUUGCUUGCAAGUUUGGGCACCUUAAAAUUGUAAAGCUACUUGAGUCCAAAGGUGUCGAUUUCAAGAGAAAAGAUUCGGAUGGACAUACUGCUUUCUAUUUCUCUUGUAUUGGUGGCGAUAAAGAUAUUACUAAACUUGUUUAUGGCAAGAAAGGAUUCGAUGUCAAUGACAAAUUUGAAAAUGAUAACACCGUCCUUCAUAUUGCUGCAAUGAAUGGACAUCUUCAAGUUGUCAAGUUCCUCAAAUCGAAGAAAGCAAAAUUACUUGAAAAGAAUAAGGAAGGAAAGACACCAUUCCAUUAUGCCGCAAUGAACAAUCAUGUUGAUGUUAUGGAAUUCAUUUGGAAAGAAACGCACAAAGAUAAAGAUCCUGUUUUCAUUAAAGACAAUGAUGACAAUAUGCCAAUUGUGGAUGCAAUUUCCAACUAUGCUGUUAAUGCAGUUGAAUUCUGUUUGUCUAAGAAUUGUCGAAUAAAUACAAAAGACAAAUCUGGAAAAUCACAACUCCACAGAGCUGCAGCGGCAGGAGAUGUUAAAGCAAUUAGGAUAUUGCUCAAAUUUGGUGCAGAUAUCAAUGAAGUUGAAAACAAUGAAACACCAAUAACUGUGGCAAUUAAUAAUGAACAGUGGGAAGUUGUCAAAUUGCUCAAGAACAUGAAGGCGAACUUUUCAUCAUCUAAUUCAUUAUCUGGAAUGCAUCGUGCUGUCCAAGAAGACAAUGUUGAAAGAUUUGAAAUGCUUCGACAACUUGGUUUCAAUGUCAAUGAGAAAGGAGCCGCAGGAAAGACACCUCUUAUGGUUGCUAUCGAAAAGCAGCAACAGAGAUUUGUCUCCUAUCUUUUGGAUUGCAAUAUUGAUGUUAACGCAGUAGAUGAUAAAGGAAGAACUUCACUCAUUUAUGCUGUGAAGUUUGGUAAUGCAAAGGCAACAGAAAAACUCAUUGAUAAAGGUUCAAAUAUUGAUCAUAAUUGUGAUGAUGCAACACCUCUAAUCAUCUCAAUAAGGAAAGAUCAUAUGGAUUGUUUCAAGAUAUUGCUUCACAAAGGUGCCAAACUUGAAUUACCGCAGAAGGGAGGUUGGUAUCCAAUUCAUGAAGCAGCACAAUGUCCAAAUAUUGAAUUCCUUAAAAAGCUUUUGCAUAAGAAAGUUAAAAUUGAUGUUGUUUCCGAAGUCAACAAAUCAUCACCUCUAAUGUGUGCAGUAAUCUAUGGAAACAUGGAAAACUUCAAACUGCUUUUAGAAAAAGGUGCUGAUAUCAAUUUAUUAACCAAGAACGGAUAUAAUGCAUUACAUUAUGCUGUUACAAAAGGAUUCUUCGAUAUGGCAGACAUUUUAAUCCAGAAAGGACUUAAACUUGACAUGAAGGAUGCAAAUGGAAUUUACUUGUUGGAAUAUUGUGCAAUGAAUAAUUUGGUUGAAUCAAUUAAAUAUUUCCUCAGCAAAGGAACAAAACCAAGCAUUGUUCUCAAUGGAGAUACAUUGUUAAUCAAGUGUAUCAAAUCAGGAUCAUAUGAUUGCGCCUUCAUGCUUAUUGAUCAAGGAGUAAGUGUUAUCAUUUCAUCCAAUGGCGAGUUACCAAUUCAUGCAUGUGCAUCAAGAUUUUAUGAUCAGCAAUCAGUUCAAUUGGCAAAGAAGUUAAUUGAAAAUGGUGCAUAUCUCAAUAUCAGAAAUAAAAAUAAAGAAACACCAAUGAGUUUGACCAGAUGGUAUAUCGAAAAUGACAGAAGACUUGCAAAAUUCUUGAAGAAUAAUGGUGCAAAAGACAUUGAUUUUGAAGAGAAUCUUGAAUAUAGAAAACGCGAAUAUGAAAGAAAAGCAUCAGAACUAAAUGCAAGACGUGGAGGAAUUGAAGCAACAAGGAAGAUUUUGCAAGAAGAAUGCGAAGAUUUUGAGAUUGAGAACAAUAAAUUUAAUGGGAGAGUUAAAUUGUAUAACCAGGAAUCUGACAGGUUGGAUAACAAGACAAACUCUUUCCUUUACAUGGCAUUCGCAACAGAUUCUAUGAGAGAAAGACACAAUAAUAGAAUUGAAGCUCAUAAUGCCUAUGGUGGUGCACAAAUUUGUGCUCAAAGAGAACUUCUUGAUCAACAAGAAAAGAAAUUAAUUGAAAAAGUUAGGAAAUUCAAAGCAGAUGAUGAUCAAUUCAAUGAAGAAAACAACAAAUUCCAAAGUGAAUAUAAGGCAUUCAGGGACCAACUUGAGAUAUAUAGUAAAUUAUGA